AUGGCCAAUGGUUUCGAUUUCGGUUGGUGCUACUGUCCUACUGAUGUUGAUGGUAUAAUUGCUAAAUUGCUGAUUUGCAGAAAUGAUAUAAUUGCUUGGCCUAUGGAGUAUGGAGUGUUUGCUAAAGAUGUUGAAAAAGACUCGGUUGUAUUGAUGGCUGCAAGAGCUUCAAGGUUGGAAAAUCAAGAUGCCAUUGAUGCAGCAAUUGUUGCAAUGCUGGCUGAUUCUAAGGAGGCACGAGCCGGAAUUACAGAAGUUCACUUCCUUCCUUUCAAUCCAACUGAUAAGGGGACAGCACUUACAUACCUAGACAAAGCUGGUAAAAUGCACAGAGUGAGCAAAGGUGCACCAGAGCAGAUACUCAAUUUGGCAUGGAACAAAUCAGAUAUUGAAAAGAGGGCACACACAGUAAUUGAAAAAUUUGCAGAACGUGGUCUUCGAUCCCUUGCUGUUGCACGGCAGGAAGUACCUGCUGGAACCAAAGACAGUCCUGGUGGACCUUGGGAGUUUGCUGGUCUUCUACCUUUGUUUGAUCCACCAUGUCACGACAGUGCUGAAACUAUUAGAAGAGCUCUAGAUCUUGGUGUGAGUGUUAAGAUGAUUACAGGCGAUCAACUAGCAAUUGCUAAAGAGACAGGGAGACGACUUGGGAUGGGAUCAAACAUGUAUCCAUCAUCUUCAUUGCUUGGUGAAAAUAAGAAUGGGUUAGAUGCAAGUCUACAAAUUGAUGAACUCAUUGAGAAUGCUGAUGGUUUUGCUGGUAUCUUUCCAGGUAAUGUUGGUUAUGAACUUGCGUUACAACCCAUUUGCAAUGCCUAUGAGAUUUUGCAGGUCCACCAGUCAGUUCAGGAGACUAACACAGAUGAUGGUGAGUUUGGGUUUGACUGCAAUGUGGGAUGGUUUGCAAAUCCCCAAUCUGAGCACGACUCUUAUCAUUUCAUUUUCGGCACAAUGGUAUGCCUCCUCUUGGAAAGCAAAUGCAAGGGUUUGGCCGUUGUUAUUACUGAUUGGAACACUAGGCGAUCCAAGGUCGGGAUGGACCAUGUGAGGAUUCAUCCCAAGUUUCUGCAUUCCAAUGCAACCAGUCAUAAGUGGGCUCUUGGAGGUAGAUUUGAAUUUGAUUGA